GUGAGUGAUGAUGACGUCACUUCAGUCACGAGACAAAUCGAUAUCCUGUGAAAAAUUUGAAGGAAGGGAGUCGGUCUAAAAAAUCGGUUAUUGUACAGAAUAUAGAGAGUGUCCAAGAAGUAAGGGUUCCAAAGCUUCAGGAUGGGGACGCUAUUCCGAAGUGAAGAGAUGACCUUGUGUCAACUCUUCCUCCAGUCUGAGGCAGCAUAUGCUUGUGUGUCGGAGUUAGGAGAGCUGGGAUUGGUGCAGUUCAGAGAUUUGAAUCCGGAUGUGAAUGCCUUCCAGAGGAAGUUUGUAAAUGAAGUCAGAAGAUGUGAUGAAAUGGAGAGAAAACUUAGAUUCCUUGAGAAAGAGAUCAAGAAAGAUGGGAUCCCGAUGUUAGACACUGGGGACAAUCCCGAGGCCCCGGCACCCAGGGAGAUGAUUGACCUUGAGGCCACCUUUGAGAAGCUGGAAAACGAGAUGAAAGAGGUUAAUGCCAACUCCGAGGCUCUGAAGAGAAACUACCUGGAGCUUACUGAGCUGAAGCAUAUCCUCAGGAAGACACAGGGAUUCUUUGAGGAGGCUGAACAUCAUCAACGACAGGCAAUGCACGACCCUGGGGUGACAGAAGAAACAAUGGGAUUGCUGGGUGAAGAAGGUCUGCGCGCAGGGGGACAGGCCUUGCGUUUAGGGUUUGUUGCUGGUGUCAUCCUGCGCGAGCGUAUCCCUGCGUUUGAGCGCAUGUUGUGGAGAGUAUGCCGUGGCAACGUGUUCCUGAAGCAGGCAGAGAUCGAAACCCCUCUGGAGGACCCUGUAUCUGGAGAUCAAGUUAACAAGUCUGUCUUCAUCAUCUUCUUCCAAGGAGACCAGCUGAAGAGCAGAGUGAAGAAAAUCUGUGAGGGUUUCCGUGCCACUCUGUACCCCUGCCCAGAGACCCCAGCAGAGAGGAGAGAGAUGGCUAUUGGGGUGAUGACACGGAUUGAGGACUUGAACACUGUGCUUGGUCAAACCCAGGACCACCGCCACCGUGUGCUUGUGGCUGCUGCUAAGAACAUUAAGAACUGGUUUGUGAAAGUGAAGAAGAUCAAGGCCAUCUACCACACCCUGAACAUGUUUAACCUGGACGUCACCCAGAAGUGUCUGAUUGCUGAGUGUUGGUGCCCAGUGGCUGAACUGGACAAGAUACAGCUGGCCCUCAGGAGGGGCACUGACCGCAGUGGCAGCAGUGUUCCAUCUAUCCUGAACCGUAUGACCACCAAGGAGGCGCCUCCCACCUACCACAAGACCAACAAGUUCACUGGCGCCUUUCAGAGCAUCAUUGAUGCCUAUGGUGUGAACACAUACGGGGAGAUGAACCCAACUCCGUAUACCAUCAUCACCUUCCCCUUUCUGUUCUCUCUCAUGUUUGGAGACGCAGGUCACGGGUUCGUUAUGUUCCUGUUUGCCCUGGUUCUCGUCAUCAAGGAGAAACAGAUCAUGGCCUCCAAGUUGGAUGAUGAGAUUGCAAACACGUUCUUCGGUGGGCGUUACAUCAUUAUGAUGAUGGGCUUGUUCUCCUGUUACUCCGGUAUGAUCUACAACGACAUCUUCUCCAGGUCCACCAAUAUAUUUGGUUCUUCUUGGACGGUGCCUGAAAGUGAAUUCGUAGUGAAUGGCACUACUAACCUGAAGCACUUUCCCAGCCAGCUGCAGGGUGACCCCAACAUGACAGCCUACUUUACCAGGGGGGUCUACCCAUUUGGAAUAGAUCCAGUAUGGCAGUUGGCUGAGAACAAGAUCACUUACACCAACUCCUUUAAGAUGAAGCUGUCUAUCAUCAUGGGCGUGUUUCAGAUGAUGUUUGGGGUCUGGUUAGGACUGUUUAACCACAUGCAUUUCAAGAACAAGCUGAGCAUAUUUUGCGAGUUCAUUCCUCAGGUGCUGUUUCUGCUGUGUAUGUUCGGCUACCUGGUCCUCCUCGUCUUUGUCAAGUGGUUUGUCUUCAAUGCCAUUGACAACGGGAUGAACACCAACUGUGCACCCAGUCUGCUCAUUGGGUUGAUCAACAUGUUCUUGUUCACCUACCCUAAGAGAGGCCAAGCAGCCUGCAGUACUAUCACUUGGUAUGGAGGAGCUGCAAGCUUCUUCGUUAUAAACAAUGGUGAUGUUACACAAGAGGAAGGCCAAGGUCAACAGGUAUUCCAGAUCAUCUUAGUCCUGCUUGCCCUGUUGUGUGUUCCCUGGAUGUUGCUGACCAAACCUCUGCUGCUCAAGUUCAGCCCCUCCAUCAGGGCUUCUUAUAUGGCAUCAAAGAAACAUGGGGAACAGGCAGAAAGUGCCCCGGCAGACACCACUUCCGAACAGGAGAUAAUCCACCAUGACGCAGUGCAAGUGUCCACGUCUGGAGCUGGGUCGCCAGCACCAGGGGGCGCUAAGGAGGAGGACUUUGACUUUGCUGAGGUGUUCAUCCACACAGCCAUCCACACUAUAGAGUAUUGUCUGGGCACCAUCUCCCACACGGCCUCCUACCUGCGACUGUGGGCUCUCAGCCUGGCCCACGCACAGCUGUCUGAAGUUUUGUGGGACAUGGUCCUGCAGAUUGGCCUCAGACAGGGCAGAUAUUACGGUGGUGUCAUCCUGGUUCCUAUCUUUGCUGCCUGGGUUGUGCUGACCAUCGCCAUCUUGUUGUUGAUGGAGGGCCUGUCUGCUUUCUUGCACACUCUGCGUUUGCACUGGGUGGAGUUCCAGAGCAAGUUUUACAAAGGCGAGGGCUACGCUUUCCAUGCCUUUGACUUCCAGCAAAUCAUCGAGACAGCUGAGGAGUAGUCGUGCUUGGUGACAGAACCCCAUUGAAUGACCACUGCACAUACCAAUUAUGGUCGUAUUGGUAUUAUUAUGAUUUCUGGAUGUUACAUAUUAUCAGUGACUCUGGAUGUAAUUGUUAUAAAUCAUGCCUGUCUGUGUUUUAAACAAUGGAAUUAAUCAUUAAACUCAUUGUGACAUUGUAAAUCCUUUAAUAACAAUGUCCAACCUAUUUUUGCACUGGUACAAUGUCUUUGAGUCUCCAUUGUUAAUUCAUGUUUGUCUCAGUGUAAGGUAUUUAAAGAAAUUGAAAUUUGAUAAUUUUUUUUUAAGAAUCAAUCAGCUUUGCAAUUAUUUGUGCAAAAAUUUGUCUCAUUCUGCUACCAUUUUUUCAUGUUUUAAAUUGUUUCAUAGCUGUUUAAAAUGUACAUUCAAAAUCUCUCUUGUGGUGGCUUUAUGCAAAAAGAUAGUAGUAUCAUCACAGUGACUAUUUUCAAGAUGAAAUUAGAGUUCAAAUAUUGAUUUACGAACAGUUGGCAAACCAACUUUGAAUUUAUUUAUCAUAUAAUACAGACAUUUUCCAGAUUGACAUUAUUGGGUUAUUGCUAUUUGGUGUAGGGUAAAACGUAAAUUAUGUACUAUUGGUAGUUAAACAUUUUCUCUUGGUGGAAUUGUAAUGGUUAUGUGUACUUACAAAGUACAGUCAUAAAGACUGACUUUACAAAUGUUGGUAUGUGGGUGCUAUUUCUGGUAUGUUUAACGAUACAUGUAAAUCAAAGUGCAAUAUAAAAAUCUCCUUUUCGUCUUUGCACCCUGAUUGCAGAGUACUUGUGGUACAUAAAAUUGAUGUUUUCUUUUGGAUCGAUGGGGGUUCUAAAUGGAAGGUUUCUUUGAAAGAAAUUUGGUGGUCUUAAUAAAAGCUGUCUUCAGCAAAAUUUGGGUCUUGUUGUUUAUCUACUAAUAUAUUACCCCAAGUAUAUAUAUUGCACAUGAAAUGA